AUGUCUGACAAUGAAGAUCGAGAUUCCGUCGCUGUCGACCUCACGCAACAAAAGAAGAACAGAACAACGGCGAGGAGACAACUCACCACGAUAAUGAAACAGAUCGAAACACUCAUUGCAGACUACGAUAAACAAGAAGCUGGCAUUGCAAAACAUUUCUCAAUUAUUCGAUGUCUCGAAAGAAAUCCCAUUCUCUGGACUGAAUUCUAUGAUACGUACAACGCUGCUAUUCAUUCAGACAAUCAGUUGUCUAAUGUCCAGAAAUUCACGUAUCUCCGAAGUUUUCUUGGAGGCGAAGCUAAGCGACUCAUUGAUGGACUUGCCAUGACUGACGUAAAUUAUGAUACUGCCAUUGAACUUCUCGAGAAACGGUAUGGGAACAAGCAAGACAUCAUUAACGCCUACAUGACGGCUCUAUGGGACAUUGUCUCUGGAGCAUGUUUGCUACACUCCUCAUUCUCAUUACAAUGA